AUGAUGAUACCUUCUGGUGAUAUCAAAUUCUUAGGUGUUAAAUUUAACACAGAAACUGAUGAGUUUAACGUGAAGGUAAUUCUUCCGUCAAAAACGUCACUUACUCAGGGAGAUGUGGUCAGUAUAAUAAAUUCUGUCUACGAUCCUAUAGGUGUGACUGCGCUAUCGUUUAUCAAGUUGAAAUCGCUAAUGCGAGAAAUCUAUGACACUGCAAUUAAGUGGAAUGAUUAUGUCAAUCCAGUAAUGACUAAUAAAUGGAACUCCGUCUGCAAAGAGAUGAAUGGUGCAAGUAUCCGCAUUCCCAGGUCAAUUCUCACAGAAGUGCGAAACCUUCACACUUCAAAAACAGAUUUAUGGAUAUUUUGUGAUGCAAGCAAUCUUGCUAUAUCAAGUUGCGCUUUCUUGCGGCAUAAUGACACUAACGAGGUCAUGUAA